CGCCCUCUUCCGCUUGUAUUUGCGUUACUUAUAUUCAGCUUGUAAGGAGAGGCAGGCGCGCGCGGUCUCCCUGCGCAGGCGUGGCCUGUGGUCCACGCUCGGAGUUAUGUCUGUUCGGCACGUCUCGCGUGUCCGGGCCUUGUAUCGGCGCAUUUUGCUGCUGCACCGGGUUCUGCCCCGAGACCUCAAAGCCCUUGGUGACCAGUACGUGAAGGACGAAUUUAGGAGACAUAAGACCGUUGGUUCUGACGAGGCCGAGCGAUUCUUGCAGGAAUGGGAGGCAUAUGCAGCGGUGCUAUGGCAACAAGCUAAUGAAAACAGACGCAAUUCAACUGAAAAAGCAUGUUUUGGAAUCUCCCUACCAGAAGAAAGACUUAAUGACUUUCGUGAUGAACAAAUUGGACAGUUGCAGGAGCUGAUGCAAGAAGCCACUAAACCCAAUAGGCAGUUUAGUAUUACUGAGUCCAGGAAACCAAAAUUUUAAAGUUUAACAAAGCAUUUCAAAUUCAGAGCCCCUUAUUUUAACUGUCAUUGGUUUUAAAAAUUUAUUUCUUAAGCUUUUAGGCUUUGAGAAUGCCUGGUGUUAAUGAAAUAUUCUUUUAUCUGGGGAUGAAUGCUCUUUGUAAUAUACAGAUCAGGAUCAUAAGUGGAUGAAACUUCACAUUAUUGAAGUAACAGCACUUGCUGGAUAGGAUUUGUUUUUUGGAUUGAACAAGAAAGAAUGGCUCUAAAAUGGACAAGCUUGUGAAAUUUUGCCAAAAAUUUUUUUAUGUAUAAAUUCGUUUUAAUGCUAUUCUUGUUCAACCAUUAGCUUCAUGGCUUUAGCUUUAUAAGUAUAUUUAUUAUGAUAAUGAUUGAUUGAUAGAUGUAGAAUUCUGAGGUUAUUAUUUAAUUUCCAUUUGCAUGGAAUAUCUUUUUCCAUCCCCUCACUUUCAAUCUGUAAGUGUCCCUGGAUCUGAAGGUGGGUCUCUUGUAGACAGCAUAUAUAAGGGUCUUGUUUUCAUAUCCAGCCAGUCUGUGUCUUUUGGUUGGAGCAUUUAAUCCAUUUACAUUUAAGGAAAUUAUUGAUAUGCAUGUUCUUACUGCCAUUUUAUUAAUUGUUUUGGAUUUGUUUUUGUAGGUCUUUUUUCUUUUCCUCAUUUUAUUUAUUUAUUUAUUGGCUGUGUUGGGUCUUUGUUGCUGUGUGUGGGCUUUCUCUAGUUGCAGUGACUGGGGGCUACCCUUCGUUGCAGUGCAUGGGCUUCUUAUUGCAGUGACUUCUCUUGUUGCAGAGCACGGGCUCUAGGCUUCAGUAGUUGUGCCUUGCAGGCUCUACAGCACAGGCUCAGUAGUUGUGGCACAUGGGCUCAGUUACUCUGUGGCAUGUCCCAGACUAGGGAUCAAAUCUGUGUGACCCCUGCUUUGGCAGGCAGAUUCUUAACCACUUUGCCACCAGGGAAGGCCCUUUUUUUUUCCCCCCUUCCUCUGUUGUGCUCUUCUCUAGUGUUGUGUUUGGAUUGCUUUUUCUUUUUUGUGUGCAUCGUAGUUUUGGUUUGCGGUUACCAUGUGGUUUUGAUUUAGUAGUCUAUAUAUAUAUAUAUAUAUAUAUAUAUAUAUAUAUAUAUAUAUACACACAAGAUUGUUUUAAGUUGCUGGUCUCAAUUUCAAAUGCAUUUCCAAUAUCCUGCAUUAGUAACUCUCUUCAUGAUUGCUGGUUUUGAUAUAUUUGUGUGUGGAUGAUUUCCUGCCUUUACUGUAUGUUUGCCUUUACUGGUGAGCUUUCCCAUUCAGAAUUUUUUUGUUUCUACUUGCAGCCUUUUCUUUUCAAUCUGGAGAAGUUCCUUUGGCAUUUGUUGUGAAGCUAGUUUGGUGGUGCUGAAUUCUCUUAGCUUUUGCUUGUCUGUAAAGCUUUUGAUUUCUCCAUCCAAUCUGAAUGAGAGUUUUGCUGGCUAUUCUUGAUUGUAGGUUUUUUCCUUUCAUCACUUUAAUUAUAUCAUGCCACUCCCUCUGGCCUGCAGAGUUUCUGCUGAAAAAUCAGCUGAUUGUGAUUUUGGAGUUUUUGCGUGAGGAGGUGAGCUCAAGUCCAGCAAGGUUAUUAUUUAAAUACAUUGUUAUCCUGAAAAUUUCAUCACUUCUGCUUUAAUAAUACAUAUGAUUAUUCUUUUAAAUGUCCCUUUUCCCUGAGUCAUUGUUUAUUUACAAUGAAAGGUUAAAAAGAAGCUUUAGGAUUCAGUAUUAUACAUAUUACCAUUUGUCUACUAGAUUUUACAAUGUUUAAUACAUUUCUCUGGUGUUUGUUAAUAACAGAUGACCCCUUAAUUUGUAGUUACUUUGAGAAUCUCAUUUAUGGCCUAAUUCAUGGGGAGAAAAAAAAACACUUUCAUUAUUUUUUUCUUACACUUAAGUCAAUUUAUACACUGAAAAGAAAAAAAGCAUUUUAGAAUGUGACUGGGAUUAUGAAUUAAAAAAAAUAUUGUACACUAAAACAACUUGCAUAUAUAA